UUGACGAAACCGCAUGCUAGAAAGCUACUUCCUGUUUUCGUCAAAAGUAAUUUUUGGCUUCGAUUAACAUAGUAUGAAUUAAAGGUUAACCUAGCAGAAAAAUGUCCUUUCAUUUACGCGUUUUCCAGCAUAAUUUUCGGAAAUUUAGCCGAUUACGAUCUGUUGCAUACAGUAUAGAAUGCGGUGGUAAUAAAUCAGACAGUGUCUCGAAAGAAACAGAGGCGCAGGAUGGAUUGUCAUGUAAGCUAGGAAAGAUUUGGCCAGAGGAAAAUUUAGCUGAAAAUCUGCCAGUUAUCCAGAUUACCAAGCCUCAAACUAGUUUGGCUAUUCAAACAUUAACUGCCACCCAAUCUUUACCAGGUCAUUAUAAUGACCAUACUAAUGAGAAGUGUCUCGUUCCACUUAAUAAAUCGGAUAUAGAAAGGUUAUUGCGUGGUGCUGUGUUAUCUAAUUCUGAAAAAAUAGAUAGUAAGCAUCGUCUUCUUGAUUGUAUAAAACCUUACAGCUACACCACAGAUGAUAUUUAUAUUGUAUCUCCAUCUACAAACUCUUCUGUUCAUAAAGUAGAUUACAACAUGUUGAGUGAUUCAAUUAUCACCAAAGAAAAUAUAUCGGUAACAUUUAAGGAUCAAGACAAUUUUUCUAAAUAUUUUGCUAUGAACGAUAUCAAAUCAGACAAUUCGAUUCUUUCAAAUGAUAAUAUACUGUUGUGUUCUGCUGGUCAAACAAAAGGUGAGAAGAAUUUGAAUGCGACAAAAGGUACAUCUCUCCCAAGUGUUGAACAAUUAGAAAAAAUGAAAGAAGCAUUAACUAUAGAGGUACAAAACUUUUUUAAGCACAAACUUGACUAUGGCCUAUUACAUCCAAAUGUCAUUCUGGAAAACAACUUUUGGGGAAAGGAAGAAAUUUCUGAGGGAAUCAAUCGGUAUGCUAUCCAGAUGUUAAAAUUUAGGGGGAUUUCCCACUGUGUAUUUAAUACAGUAGUUAUGCAGGUUUUAAGCAUAAGUUCUAAUCGUGAGAAUGGUACCAUUACAUUAAAAUGGCGAGUUCGUGGUUUGCCUCAGUUAUAUAUUUUCUAUUUUUGGAGAUAUACUCCUUGGACUUAUCGUAAAAAUCUUGAAAAUGAUAUGAGGUGGCAUGAUGGAAUUUCGGUAUUUACACUGAAGUCAGAUGGUUUGAUUCAUAAACAUAGAAUUGACAGGGUACAAGUUGAUGAAGAACCACUGGCAGUGAAAAAGAAAUCAUUAGCUACUAAACUAGCUCUUCUGGUUGGACUAGCUCCUAAACCAAGUAAAUUAAAAGUAGGCAUAUAAAACAAAAUGGCUGCAACAGAGGUGCAAGAAAUGAAAGAUAUGGCCAUUGACCGUGAGAAAUUAACAGGUACAAAUAAAGUCUCACCACUUGAAGAAUCGGGCGAGAGUCUACCUGGAGCAGUAAAUCAGGGCUUUGAAGGACAGUUAACUGAUAUAUCUAAUACGGCUGGAUUAGAAUUAAACAAUAGUGAAUUACCUCCCCUAACUUACGUUGAUUUUAUGCCUCGAUGUAUUGGCCAAUCAUUAGAUGGGAAAGAACCAGAAUUUGCAUCAUAUAGAACUGUUAUGGAACAAGUGAACCAAUGGUUAAUAUCAAUGCCACAAUAUAAAAUAUUCAAAGUUGAGACAAUAGAUAGGAAACUACUGGGUGAAAUGAAGUUAGAUUUAGAUUCAACUUUACAGCAUGAAUCUAGCCAUGGCCAAAAUAUGUAUGUUAGAGGUAUCAGAAUAUGGAUUUUCCCUAAUCCAAAUCCAAGUGAUGAGGUACAACAGAUUAGUUAUAUUAGUAUUUUACCUGAUGUCUCUGAGGGUAACUCAGCAGAUGUCUCUCUAGCUUUAUCUGCUAACUAUCGUAUGAGAGCUGAACAUCCUGUUCCUGCCUAUGAUACUCUUAAAAUAACAAUAGAAAAACUUAAUAGACAAUUACAGCACAGACCCCUUGCAGGAAAAAUAUUAAACAUUGAAACAUUCUCAGUAAAAGUAGUAGAAGGUGUUGGUAAUGAGAAACCUGACACAGAAUCAUCAUGUUGGAUAGAUAGUAAUAGAUCUAGUAGAUUGUUUCUGUAUGCUCUACGUGUUUAUUAUAUUACUGGUCAACAACAGUUUGAAACAAUAGGUUAUCAUGAUGAAGUACCAGAUAUUGUACAAACAUCAGAAGGUUUAGGGGUGAAGGUCAAAUAUGCACCAUUUACACAAGUUGUUAGUAGAACAGCUAGAUGGAUACAGGAACAAACAAAUGUACAAGUUGUCAAUCUUCAAUCAAUUAAUAUCCCAACAGAAAAACGAUAUGGAGGUCAAAUUAACUUUAAGUCUAAUAUCUCUGGGUAUGGGGAAUUACCAUUGAGUGAUUCUCAGUUUGUUAAAAUUCUAAGAACAUUUUACGUCACAAAACAAAAAAGUAAAAAUGACGAAGUUAUGCCAUCAGUUAAUUUAACUACACGAUUGUUUGUACCUAUAAGACGAGGACCAAAAGAAUUUGAAGCGUUUUCUAAAACUAUGCAAAGAGCAAUUGCUUGGUUACAAGUGACAAAAUGCCCUCUAUAUGGUAUGGAGACUGUAAAUUAUGUUAUACAUUAUAUUUAA